UCCUAAAGCAGAGGUUUCCUGGGCCCAAGAUGGGUGUGAGGGAGCACAAGGCUUAGACCGCAGUCUCCCUGAAUUGUUGAUUCCUUCCCCAUCGUGACCUUUUUUCUUCCACUUUACUUGCAGGUCAGGGAGCCUGUGCUGGAGCCAGGGCCUGAGCUGGACCUGAUCCAAAGCCUGAGAUCAAGCUGGGCCCAGAGCCUGGCCUAGAGCCGAAGCCCAAGUCACAUCUGGACUGUGCCUGUCAUGCAGAAGGAGCUGGGCUCUGCGCUUUCCUGCACUGGCAUGCAGAGCCCCAGACCCCGCCCCCUGCUCCCACUGCUGCUACUGCUGCUGGGGGCCAGGGUGUCAGGUGCCUGGGGUCAGGCCGGGAGCUUGGACCUACAGAUUGAUGAGGAGCAGCCGGCAGGCACACUGAUCGGGGACAUCAGUGCAGGGCUUCCGGCAGGCACAGCAGCACCCCCCAUGUACUUCAUCUCUGCGCAGGAGGGCAGUGGUGUGGGCACAGACUUGGCCAUCGAUGAGCACAGUGGGGUGGUCCGUACAGCCCGUGUCUUGGACCGUGAGCGGCGGGAUCGCUACCGCUUCACUGCAGUUACUCCUGACGGCGCCACCGUGGAAGUUACUGUGCGAGUGGCUGACAUCAAUGACCAUGCUCCAGCCUUCCCGCAGGCUCGUGCUGCCCUGCAGAUACCUGAGCACACAGCUCUUGGCACCCGCUACCCACUAGAGCCUGCUCGUGAUGCAGAUGCUGGCCGCUUAGGAACCCAGGGCUAUGCGCUGUCUGGUGAUGGGGCUGGAGAGACCUUCCGGCUGGAGACACGCCCUGGUCCCGAUGGGGCCCCAGUUCCCGAGCUGGUAGUUACUGGGGAGCUGGACCGAGAGAACCGCUCACACUAUAUGUUGCAACUGGAGGCCUACGACGGUGGUUCACCUCCCCGAAGGGCCCAGGCCCUGCUGGAUGUGACACUGCUGGACAUCAAUGACCAUGCCCCAGCCUUCAAUCAGAGCCGCUAUCAUGCUGUGGUGUCCGAGAGCCUGGCCCCCGGCAGCCCAGUCUUGCAGGUGUAUGCGUCUGACGCCGAUGCCGAUGCCAAUGGGGCUGUGACCUAUGAGAUCAACCGGAGACAGAGCGAGGGUGAUGGACCCUUCUCCAUUGAUGCACACACGGGGCUGCUGCGGCUGGAGCGGCCACUGGACUUCGAGCAACGGCGGGUCCACGAACUGGUGGUGCAGGCACGGGAUGGUGGGGCUCACCCUGAGCUGGGCUCGGCCUUUGUGACUGUGCAUGUGCGAGAUGCCAAUGACAAUCAGCCCUCCAUGACUGUCAUCUUCCUUAGCGCAGAUGGUUCCCCCCGAGUGUCAGAGGCUGCCCCACCUGGCCAGCUUGUUGCUCGCAUCUCUGUGUCAGACCCAGAUGAUGGUGACUUUGCCCACGUCAAUGUGUCCCUGGAGGGUGGAGAGGGCCACUUUGCCUUAAGUACUCAGGACAGCGUCAUCUACCUGGUGUGCGUGGCUCGGCAGCUGGAUCGGGAGGAGCGGGACGCCUAUAACUUGCGGGUUACUGCCACCGACUCAGGCUCACCCCCGCUGAGGGCUGAAGCUGCCUUUGUGUUGCAUGUCACUGAUGUCAAUGACAAUGCACCUGCCUUUGACCGCCAGCUCUACCGACCUGAGCCCCUGCCUGAGGUUGCACUGCCUGGCAGCUUUGUGGUGCGGGUGAUGGCCCAGGAUCCUGACCAGGGCACCAAUGGUCAGGUCACCUAUAGCCUGGCUCCAGGCACCCACACCCGCUGGUUCUCCAUUGACCCCACCUCAGGCAUCAUCACCACGGCUGCCUCUCUGGACUAUGAGUUAGAACCCCAGCCACAGCUGAUUGUGGUGGCCACAGAUGGGGGCUUGCCUCCUCUCACCUCCUCUGCCACAGUUAGUGUGGCCCUGCAAGAUGUGAAUGAUAAUGAACCUCAAUUCCAGAGGACUUUCUACAAUGCCUCACUGCCUGAGGGCACCCAGCCUGGAACCUGCUUUCUACAGGUGACAGCCACAGAUGCAGACAGUGGCCCAUUUGGCCUCCUCUCCUAUUCCUUGGGUGCUGGACUUGGGACCUCAGGGUCUCCCCCUUUCCGCAUUGAUGCCCACAGUGGUGAUGUGUGCACAACCCAGACCCUGGACCGCGACCAGGGGCCCUCAAGCUUCGACUUCACCGUGACUGCUGUGGAUGGGGGAGGCCUCAAGUCCAUAGUGUAUGUGAAGGUAUUUGUGUCAGACGAGAAUGAUAACCCACCUCAGUUCUAUCCACGGGAGUAUGCUGCCAGUCUGAGUGCCCAGAGUCCACCAGGCACAGCCGUGCUGAGGGUGCGUGCCCAUGACCCUGACCAGGGGCCCCAUGGGCGACUCUCCUACCACAUCCUGGCUGGCAAUAGCCCCCCACUCUUUACCUUGGAUGAGCACUCAGGGCUGUUGGCAGUAGCCUGGCCCUUGGCCAGACAGGUCAACUCUGUGGUGCAGCUGGAGAUUGGGGCUCAGGAUGGAGGUGGCCUGAAGGCAGAGCUCAGUGCCCGAGUCAACAUCAGCAUUGUGCCUGGAACCCCCAUACCGCCCAUAUUUGAACAACUACAGUAUGUCUUUUCUGUGCCAGAGGAUGUGGCACCAGGCACCAGUGUGGGCAUAGUCCAGGCACACAACCCACCAGGUCGCUUGGGGCCUGUGACACUCACCCUAUCAGGCGGGGAUCCUCGAGGACUCUUCUCCCUAGAUGCGAUCUCCGGGCUGUUAAAGACGCUUCGCCCUCUGGACCGGGAGCUGCUGGGGCCAGUGCUGGAGCUGGAGGUGCAGGCAGGUAGUGGAGUGCCCCCAGCUUUCACUGUGGCUCGGGUGCGUGUGCUGCUGGAUGAUGUGAAUGACAAUUCCCCAGCCUUCCCUGCACCUGAAGACACCGUGUUACUGCCACCAAGCACUGCCCCAGGGACCCUCAUCUAUACACUGCGUGCUCUGGACCCCGACUCAGGCAUUAACAGUCGAGUCACUUUUAACCUUCUUGCUGGAGGUGGCGGGGUGUUCACUGUGGACCCCACAACGGGCCACGUACGACUUAUGGGACCUUUGGGGCCCCCAGGGGGGCCAGCACAUGAACUGGACCUGGAAGCCCGAGAUGGGGGCUCCCCACCCCGCACCAGCCACUUUCGACUUCGGGUGGUGGUACAGGACUUGGUUACCCGUGGGCUGGCUCCUCACUUUGACAGCCUUACCUACCGUGUGGACCUGCCCUCAGGCACCACCCCUGGAACUCAGGUUCUGCAAGUGAAGGCUCGAGCACCUGAUGGGGGCUCUGUCACCUACCACCUUGCAGGAGAUGGGCCAAGUAGCCCUUUUGGCCUAGAGCCACAGAGUGGGUGGCUGUGGGUGCGGGCAGCACUGGACCGUGAGUCCCAGGAGCUGUACACACUAAAGGUAAUGGCAGUGUCGGGGUCCAAAGCUGAGUUGGGGCAGCAGACAAGCACAGCCACUGUAAGGGUCAGCAUCCUCAACCAGAAUGACCACAGCCCCCGCUUGUCUGAGGAGCCCACCUUCCUAGCUGUGGCAGAGAACCAGCCCCCAGGGACCAGUGUGGGCCGGGUCUAUGCCAGUGACCGAGACUCUGGACCCAAUGGACGUCUGACCUACAGCCUGCGACAGGUGUCAGAAGACAGCAAGGCCUUCCGCAUCCACCCCCAGACUGGAGAAGUGACCACACUCCAAACCCUGGACCGAGAGCGGCAGAGCAGCUACCAGCUCCUGGUGCAGGUGCAGGAUGGAGGGAGCCCACCCCGCAGUACCACAGGCACCAUGCACAUCGCAGUGCUCGACCUCAACGACAACAGUCCCACCUUCCUGCAGGCUUCCGGGGCUGCUGGCGGGGGCCUCCCUAUACAGGUAGCAGAUCGAGUGCCUCCAGGAACACUGGUGACAACUCUUCAGGCCAAGGAUCCAGAUGAAGGGGAGAAUGGGACCAUCCUGUACACUCUGACUGGUCCUGGCUCAGAGCUCUUCUCUCUGCACCCUCACUCGGGGGAGUUGCUCACUGCAGCACCCCUGAUCCGAGCAGAGCGGCCCCACUAUGUGCUGACGCUGAGUGCUCACGACCAAGGCAGCCCUCCUCGGAGCUCCAGCCUCCAGCUGCUGGUGCAGGUGCUUCCCUCAGCUCACUUGGCUGAGCCCCUGCCAGAUCCUUCAGAACCAGACCCCACGGCCCCGGUGCCUGUCGUGCUGACGGUGACAGCAGCCGAGGGGCUGCAGCCCGGCUCCCUGUUGGGCUCGGUGGCGCCGCCGGAGCCCGCGGGGUUUGUCACCGAUGAGAACGACAACGCGCCCGCCUUCGCCUCGCCCUCGCGGGUGCGCCUCCCGGAAGAUCAGCCGCCUGGGCCCGUGGCGCUGCACGUGGUCGCCAGGGACCCGGACCUGGGCGAGGCCGCGCGCGUGACCUACCGCCUGGCCGCCGGCGGGGACGGCUGCUUCCGGCUGCACCCGAGCUCUGGAGCGCUGUCCCUGGUGCGGCCGCUGGACCGCGAACACCGCGCUGAGCACUUUCUGACGGUGGUGGCCUCGGACCACGGCUCCCCGCCGCGCUCAGCCACACAGCUCCUCACCGUCAGCGUCGCCGACGUCAACGACGAGGCACCCGCUUUCCAGCAGCAGGAGUACAGCGUCCUCUUGCGGGAGAACAGCCCGCCCGGCACAUCUCUGCUAACUCUGCGGGCAACCGACCCGGACCUGGGGGCCAAUGGGCAAGUGACAUAUGGAGGCAUCUCUGGCGAGAACUUCUCCCUGGACCCAGACACUGGAGUUCUCACAACUCUUCGGGCCCUGGAUCGGGAGGAGCAGGAGGAGAUCAACCUGACAGUGUAUGCCCGGGACAGGGGAUCACCCCCGCUGUUGACCCAUGUCACAGUGCGAGUGGCUGUAGAGGAUGAGAAUGACCAUGCCCCCACCUUUGGGAGUGCCCGUCUCUCCCUGGAAGUGCCCGAGGGCCAGGACCCCCAGACCCUUACCAUGCUGCGGGCCUCUGACCCAGAUGUGGGAGCAAACGGGCAACUGCAGUACCGCAUUCUGGAUGGGGAUCCGUCAGGAGCCUUUGUCCUAGAUAUAGCCUCUGGGGAGUUUGGUACCAUGAGACCACUAGACCGGGAGGUGGAACCAACAUUCCAGCUGCGGAUAGAGGCCCGGGAUGGAGGCCAGCCAGCUCUCAGUGCCACUCUGCUUGUGACAGUGACAGUGCUGGAUGCCAAUGACCAUGCCCCAGCCUUUCCUGUGCCUGCCUACUCUGUGGAGGUGCCUGAGGAUGCACCUACAGGGACUCUCCUGUUGCAGCUGCAGGCUCAUGACCCUGAUGCUGGGGCCAAUGGCUAUGUGACCUACUAUCUGGGUGCAGGUGCAGCAGGAGCCUUUCUGCUGGAGCCUAGCUCUGGGGAACUGCGCACAGCCACAGCCCUAGAUAGAGAGCAGUGUCCCAGCUACACCUUUACCGUGAGUGCGGUGGAUGGUGCAGCUGCUGGGCCCCUGAGCACCACGGUACCUGUCACCAUCACAGUGCGUGAUGUUAAUGACCAUGCACCCACCUUCCCCACCAGUCCCCUGAGGCUGCGCCUGCCCCGCCCAGGCCCCAGCCUCAGCACCCCCACCCUGGCUCUGGCCACUCUGCGAGCCGAAGACCGUGAUGCUGGUGCCAAUGCCUCCAUCCUCUAUCGGCUGGCAGGCACACCACCUCCUGGCACCUCUGUGGACUCCUACACCGGUGAAAUCCGUGUGGCCCGCUCCCCUGUAACCCUGGGCCUCCGGGAUCGUGUGCUCUUCAUUGUGGCCACUGACCUUGGCCGCCCUGCCCGUUCUGCCACCGGUGUGGUCAUUGUUGGGCUACAGGGGGAAUCUGAACGUGGACCUCGCUUUCCCCGUGCUAGUAGUGAAGCUGUGCUCCGUGAGAAUGCACCCCCAGGGACUCCCAUUGCCUCCCCCAAGGCUGUCCACGCAGGGGGCUCAAACGGACCAAUCACCUACAGCAUUCUCAGUGGGAAUGAGAAAGGGACAUUCUCCAUCCAGCCUAACACAGGAGCCAUCACAGUUCGCUCAGCAGAGGGGCUGGACUUUGAGGCAAAUCCACGGCUGCGACUGGUGCUACAGGCGGAGAGCGGAGGAGCCUUUGCCUUCUCUGUGCUGACCCUAACCCUGCAAGAUGCCAAUGACAAUGCUCCCCGCUUCCUACAGCCCCACUAUGUGGCCUUCCUGCCUGAGUCAAGGCCCUUAGAGGGGCCCCUGCUGCAGGUGGAGGCAGAUGACCUGGAUCAAGGCCCCAGUGGACAGAUCUCCUACAGUCUGGCUGCAUCCCAGCCAGCACGGGGACUGUUCCAUGUAGACCCAGCCACGGGCACUAUCACUACCACAGCCAUUCUGGACCGUGAGAUCUGGGCAGAAACACGGCUGGUCCUGAUGGCCACAGACAGAGGAAGCCCAGCCCUGGUGGGCUCAGCUACCCUGACAGUGAUGGUCAUCGACACCAAUGACAAUCGCCCUACCAUCCCCCAGCCCUGGGAGCUCCGAGUAUCUGAAGAUGCACUAUUGGGCUCAGAGAUUGCACAGGUCACAGGGAAUGACGUGGACUCUGGACCCGUGCUGUGGUAUGUACUGAGCUCAUCUGGACCCCAGGAUCCUUUCAGCGUAGGCCGCUAUGGAGGCCGUGUCUCCCUCACAGGCCCCCUGGAUUUUGAGCAGCGUGACCGCUACCAUCUGCAGCUGCUGGCACAUGAUGGGCCUCACGAGGGCCGUGCCAACCUCACGGUGCUCGUAGAGGAUGUCAAUGACAAUGCACCUGUCUUCUCACAGAGCCUCUACCAGGUGACGCUGCUUGAGCACACGCCCCCAGGCAGUGCCAUUCUCUCCGUCGCUGCCACUGACCGGGACUCAGGUGCCAAUGGUCACAUCUCCUACCACCUGGCUUCCCCUGCUGAGGGCUUCAGUGUUGACCCCAACAAUGGGACCUUGUUCACGACAGCAGGAGCAGUGGCCUUGGGCCAUGAGGGGCUAGGAGUGGUGGACGUGGUGCUGGAAGCACGAGAUCAUGGGAUGCCAGGCCGGGCAGCUCGAGCCACAGUGCAUGUACAGCUGCAGGACCAGAACGACCACGCCCCGAGCUUCACAUUGCCCCACUACCGUGUGGCUGUGACCGAGGAUCUGCCCCCUGGCUCCACCCUGCUCACCCUGGAGGCCACAGAUGCCGAUGGAAGCCGCACCCAUGCCACUGUGGACUACAGCAUCAUCAGUGGCAACCGGGGACGAGUCUUCCAGCUAGAACCCCGUCUUGCUGAAGCUGGGGAGAGUGGUGGACUAGGCCCCCAGGCACUGGGAUGCCUGGUGUUGCUUGAGCCUCUAGACUUUGAAAGCUUAACCCAGUACAAUCUAACUGUGGCUGCAGCUGACCGGGGGCAGCCACCUCGCAGCUCAGCGGUGCCGGUCACCGUCACUGUGCUGGACGUCAACGACAACCCACCCGUUUUUACCCGAGCAUCGUACCGCGUGGCAGUGUCCGAGGACACGCCUGUUGGAGCCGAGCUGCUGCAUGUGGAGGCCUCUGACGCUGAUCCUGGCCUUCAUGGCCUCGUGCGUUUCACCCUCACCUCGGGUGACCCUUCAGGGCUCUUUGAGCUGGAUGAGAGCUCGGGUGCCUUGCGACUGGCCCACCCCUUGGACUGUGAGACCCAGGUUCUACAUCAGCUUGUAGUUCAGGCUGCUGACCCUGUGGGGGCACACUUUGCACUGGCACCAGUGACCAUUGAGGUCCAGGAUGUGAAUGACCAUGGCCCAACCUUCCCACUGAGCUUGCUCAGCACCAGCCUAGCGGAGAACCAGCCUCCAGGCACCCUUGUGACCACUCUGCAUGCGAUUGAUGGGGAUGCCGGGGCUUUUGGGAGGCUGCGCUACAGCCUGUUGGAGGCUGGGCCUGGGCCUGAGGGACGCGAGGCAUUUGCACUGAACAGCUCAACAGGAGAGCUGCGGGCACGAGUGGCCUUUGACUAUGAGCACACAGGAAGCUUCCAGCUGCUGGUGGGUGCUGCCGAUGCUGGGAACCUCUCAGCCUCGGUCACUGUGUCAGUGCUGGUGACUGGUGAGGAUGAGUAUGACCCAGUAUUCCUGGCUCCAGCUUUCCACUUCCAAGUGCCAGAAGGCGCCCGGCGUGGCCACAGUCUGGGUCACGUGCAGGCCACAGAUGAGGAUGGCGGUGCCGACGGCCUGGUGCUCUAUUCCCUUGCCACCUCUUCUCCCUACUUUGGUAUCAACCAGACUACCGGUGCCCUGUACCUGCGGGUGGACAGCCGAGCACCAGGCAGUGGGACAGGCCCCUCUGGGGGUGGGGGCCGGACCCGGCGUGAGGCACCACGAGAGCUGAGGCUGGAAGUGGUCGCACGGGGGCCUCUGCCAGGUUCAAGGAGUGCCACAGUGCCCGUGACUGUGGAUAUCACCCACACUGCCCUGGGCCUGGCACCUGACCUCAACCUGCUAUUGGUGGGGGCUGUGGCCGCCUCCCUGGGAGUGGUGGUGGUACUUGCAUUGGCGGCCCUGGUCCUUGGGCUGGUGCGGGCCCGUAGCCGCAAGGCAGAGGCAGCACCUGGCCCAAUGUCACAGGCAGCACCCCUGGCCAGUGGCUCUCUGCAGAAGCUGGGCCGGGAGCCACCCAGCCCACCACCCUCAGAGCACUUGUAUCACCAGACUCUCCCCAGCUAUGGUGGGCCAGGAGCUGGAGGUCCCUACCCCCGGGGUGGCUCCCUGGACCCUUCCCAUUCAAGUGGCCGAGGCUCAGCAGAGGCUGCAGAGGAUGACGAGAUCCGCAUGAUCAACGAGUUCCCCCGUGUAGCCAGUGUGGCCUCCUCCCUGGCUGCUCGUGGCCCCGACUCAGGCAUUCAGCAGGAUGCAGAUGGACUGAGUGACACAUCCUGCGAGCCACCUGCCCCCGACACCUGGUAUAAGGGCCGAAAGGCAGGGCUGCUGCUGCCAGGUGCAGGAGCCACUCUGUACCGAGAAGAGGGGCCCCCAGCCACUGCCACGGCCUUCCUGGGGGGCUGUGGCCUGAGCCCUGCACCCACUGGGGACUAUGGCUUCCCAGCAGAUGGCAAGCCAUGCGUGGCAGGUGCACUGACGGCCAUAGUAGCUGGAGAGGAAGAGCUCCGGGGCAGCUAUAACUGGGACUACCUUUUGAGCUGGUGCCCUCAGUUCCAGCCGCUGGCCAGCGUGUUCACAGAGAUUGCCCGGCUCAAGGAUGAGGCUCGGCCAUGUCCCCCAGCUCCCCGUAUUGACCCACCACCCCUCAUCACUGCCGUGGCCCACCCAGGAGCUAAGUCUGUGCCCCCCAAACCAGCCAGCACAGCUGCAACCCGGGCCAUCUUCCCACCGGCCUCUCACCGCUCCCCCAUCAGCCAUGAAGGCUCCCUGUCCUCAGCUGCCAUGUCCCCCAGCUUCUCACCUUCACUGUCUCCUCUGGCUGCUCGCUCACCUGUUGUCUCGCCAUUUGGGGUGGCCCAGGGCCCCUCAGCCUCAGCACUCAGCGCAGAGUCCGGCCUGGAGCCACCUGAUGACACGGAGCUGCACAUCUGACUGUGGCCCAGGCUGGGCCCCGACCUGGGACACCCACAGUGUCCCCAAUGCAGGCCCCAUCUGAGCCUGCCCUGGGCAGCCUCGGACCAUGAUUGGCCACAGGGGAAACCAGCUCCCCAUCCCAAACUCUCCAGUGGGAGCAGCUCACAUAUCUAACCCUGGCCCCAUCGGAGUACCAGCACCACAGAGGCCCUGUGGCACUGACCUGUGGCCAGGUCCAAUGUGGGGAGAAAUAUGAAGGAGGCAGCAGCCCUGGGUUCUCCUCAGUGAGGGCUUUCUGCCCUGUGCAGCACCCUGAGAUGGAGCUGAGACUUUAUUUAUUGGGGGUAGGGGGGAUGGGCAAGGUCCUCCAUCCUGUUUGGGCCCAGCUUCUUUGGGUUCCACUUACACCCCUGCCCCUUCCCAGAACCAAGUGCCAAUUCUCACUCUGGAGCCUUAAUAAACUGCAGUUUGUAUCCAG